UUUUCAUGUGUCAGUGCCUCGGAUGACGUCAUCACAGCGCGACCGUCGUCGGUUUGUGUAUCGUCUGGUGAGCUGACAGCUGCGGCAGCUGUGUUUUGGUUUUGUUUUGCCGCACAUGUACCGAUGUCAUGAGAAGCUGUCAGAAUCAGAAUUGGCCCACCAGUCAGUUCUGCUGUAACUCAGGUCUGACUCAUGACUGAGUACUACGAGGAGGGGGGGCUGCUGUACGAGCAAUCACCUCCCAUGCACAUCAAAGUGGAGUCUCCGGAGGGACCCUUUGGAGGGGGAGUCUCGGAAAACGGCUUCCCCAGGGACGAUGAGGACUCAGAUGCUAGCUGUGACCAGGGCAGUGGAUUACCAGGGGGACUCCCCUUCAACGUGGUAGUGGUGCAUCCAAACAUCAUGGCACCUGGCAUGUCCUCAGACGACCUCUUGUCCAUUGAACAAAACAGAGCUAUGUCAGCUGCACUGGCUGCAGGCGGUGCAGGGAAAAGAAAGAGCCGUUUCAGUGGAGCAGAGCUGGAGGUGUUGGUGUCAGAAGUCACUCGAUGUGAAGGCGAACUCUUUGGCCCUGCAGGGAGGCUACGGCGGCGCGAGAGAGAGCGCAUCUGGGCAGGAAUCCUUGAGAGAGUCAACGCCGUAUCCAGAGUCCCACGCACACUUCGUGAGGUGAAGAAACGCUGGGAUGACUUGAAGCGGCGCAAUGGAGGAAGGCUAGCAGAUGCCCGCCACCGCAGCUGUUACUUGCCCUCCAGCAGAAGCGCCUCGAUGCUAGGACGACCUUCUCAGGCCAGCCCAAGGCUCCUGCAGUCCAGGCAGAAGCAAAGCAGCAGAACAAAGCCCAUCUUCCCGUGCUUCCCUGACUCUGACACAGUGGGAGUAGAAGGACUGGACAGAGAUGGUUUGGAUAAAGAUGAGGACAAUUGUGAGCGUGAGAGAGACUUGGGAGACCCUGACUGUGAAGCAGUAGAGAACACCAUGGAGGACAAAUUGGGCUUAGGACUGGGCCUGGGCAUUGGACCGCCCCCUCCAUCAGAACGAUGGCUGCCUCCUUCCCCCCUCUACAGUGCGCCUUUUCUCAAUGGCAGCCCUCAGCCUAGUAGUCCCCAGCCAUCGCUCGGAGCUCAACAAGGUCCUCUCGAAGCCCCGCCACGCAGCUCCUGGCUGGAAGAUGAGCUGCGAGGGUAGGGGAAGCAGCAAUUCAGCUGGGAAAUCGGGUAGAAAAGAGUUUACGGGAAUUUGGGGAAGGUUUCAGACAGGUAUGAGGACACUUGUUGCAUCACAAGAAGCAUUAGUGGUCAGUCUACAGCAAAACAAUGUCCUCCUGCAAAGGCUAUUAGCAGUGCUUGAGGCACAACAUCACCGCAGCAGCAUCGUGUACAACAUGUGCAAUCAUUCACAAACAUCUCAACAGCACGUACAACCACAGGCAGCACAGCAGCAGCUUCAGCAGCACAUAGAGGCGCAGCAGCAGCGGAUUGAACCAUCACACAAACGCAGCAGCAGCAGCAACAACAACCCACCGCAGGUACUGCAGCAACAAUCACAACAGCACCAAACUCAAAUGCAGCAGCCGCAAAUUACCCAGCAUUCAAAUAGUCAGUCACCUGUAGCAGUUGCUCCAGCAUCCCUGUUCUACACUGCACUUUCUCCCAUGACCAUCCUACUGGCAUGAAUGGAAGUGUGCAGAGGCCACGGCGAGGACGAGCUGUCGAUCACAGGCGCAGGAGACGGCGCUGAGACAAAUGAAAGUAUGUGUGUGAAAUAAUUCUU